GGAAUAAGUGUGGAACAUGAGAGUAGAACAGAAAAUAAAAAUGGGUGAAAGUUACGUAUAAAAAGUGAUUUUCUCAGUGAUUUUAGCAUUGAAAAGGCCAUAAAAUUUGAAUAUUUUGGGCAGAGAAAGAAAAUUCAAUCAAUACUUUAUUUUCUAUGAAAUGUUAAGGAUCAGAAUUAAAAUGGGUCCAUCGCGAAAUAAGGAGUGGAGUUGUUGCUUCGGUCUGCAUGUGCGGACUGCAACUAUUAUAAUUGGCGUGUGGCAUUUGUGCCUCAAUUUACUGGCCCUGGCAGUACUUGCUGCCAUAAUGAGGAAUCCUGUGAUGAUGCAGGAACUCGAAAAUGGAUAUGAAGAUGUAACAGCUGUUGACAAUGAUGCUCCCGCUCUACCAACACCCCUCAGUAAAAUUGAUCCUCCAUACGCUUUUCGCGAUCAUAGUCUAACUUAUCAAAAUGUUGAUAUGGGAAGUUUUGUCUGCAUAUGUAUGGUAGCAAUAACUCUCAUGAUGAUUUUUGGAGCAAUUAAAGGGAAACCAUCACAUUUACUGCCAUUCCUCUGUUUGCAGCUGUUUGAUUUUGCCAUUACAAUUUUAACUGCAGCUGGGUAUUUAUGCUACUUGAGAUCUGUACACCGCCUGAUUGCUGAGAGUCACAGAUUUCCAUGGCGCGAGGAAUUGCUUAAAUUGACCCCUCAGACACUCAGUAUUGUCGUGUUAUUGGCAUUUAUUGGUGUUGUUUUGAUGAAAGCUUACGCCAUUGGCAUUGUAUGGCGAUGCUACAAGUAUCUAACUAUGCGGCAACAUGAUCUGCGUUCCAUGUUACCAUACAUAAUUCCAGAUGUAUCUCAUCGACAGGAACGCGACUACAGUUCCCUUUUGCCAGAUUAUGAUGAAGCAAUUUCUCAGAGUAUGAAACAAGCACCUCCACCAUCAUAUCAAGUAGCAAUGGCAACAUCCAUUCCAACAAGUCACAUUACCACCGACGAUGCUAACAUCACACCUGAUGCUGGUGCUGUAAGUUCAGUAACUGCAACAAUAAGUGAAAUUCCACCCCCUCCGCCAUAUGUUUCCCCGUCGGUCACAUCUGCAGAAGUAAAUGUGAGUGGUAACGAGGCACAAGAUGAUUUCAACGACGUGUCCCAAGAUAAUAAUGCAAGAACCCAAGGAAGUAAUAAAUAAGAGAAAAAAAUCAUUUUAAAGCAUAAGAAAUAUUGAAAUAGGAUAAAAGUAAAAUAGCAGAAAUCUUAACAAUAAAAAAAAACAAUUCAAUCCUUCUAUAGCACAUCUAAUAUUUCAAAUUAUUGUUAAAAAAUAUGUGAUUGGUGAGAUGUAGAAAAAAUAACAAUCAGUUUAGAAAAAAAUGGUAGAAAUUCAUGGCACGUUACAGAAAUAUUCGUUCUUAAUUGCUCCAAUGUAUGUAUGUAAGUAAUGAGCUAUAUUGUGUCUACAGAAUUAAAGAAAAACUACAUAAGAAUAUUUUUUUUAUCUUAAAUACCCAAAAAAUUAAUAAUUUUAAUAAAAAACAAUUUUUACUUUUUUUUGUCUUGGAAAUCUAAUGAUUGGCUAAAUAACAUUUUAAAGUUAGAUUGUAAUUGAAUGAGAAAAGGUAGUUAAUUACACGAAUUAUACCUACAAAAUAUACCUUACAUUUUUAUCCUAUUUGAAAUUUAUCCUAUUUGAAAAUCUUCAGUGAGUAUCUUUAAAAAAACCUGAUCUUAUAAAUUAUUAUUUGUAAUCAAAAUUAUAAUAAAAAUUAUUUAAAAAUAA